CAUUCAUUAAUCCGGCAUACGCACGAGACGACCAACUUCGAACAUCAUCGCAAAACAAUCACUAUCAGUAUACUAAACGGUCUACGUUACCGAUAUCUUUGAGUAUUAUACAAAGACAACUGAGAAGAACUGUUGUUUACCUUUACGGAACGUGCAAUACGUGUAUAUAUUUUAUUAAUACAUAUACACGUGAUUGGAAAGAAAUAGAACAACCCUUUUUACUACGUCAUCAUCUUAUUCUUCAUUUUGUUGUUGCUGCUGAUGCUGUUGCUGUUUUUAUAAUCAUACUUCUCACUUGUGCUGACCUGAUUUUCGAGUUUGCGUGUUGAAAUGCGCAUGUGCGAACCCUGUAUCUCAAUUUACUACUACUACUACUACUAUCAGUGAAUUUCAUCCAGAAAAAAGGAGACUUUCAAGAGGGGAUAUUUAUAUAUAAAGGAUUAUUAUUAUUAUUGUUGGGGUUAUCACAACUAGACUCUCUUGGAAUUCAUCUCUAAUGAGGAAAAUGCAAUUGGAUUCGCUGAUACAAACGUUCAUUCUGACGAGCCGUACAUUAUUCCUAAUUUCCGGGCUGAUCAGCACGGUAUCCGGAGCACCGUUUGGUUACGGUCUCAACACCGAUAUCACGGAAUCUAAAAGUGAAAUGGAACCUUGGUUGCAACCAUGCGGUACACCGAUAACGGAACCAACCAUACAACCAAUCGUACGUCACAGCGUUCACAGACAAUUGAAGAGGAUACAAACGCAAAUAAGGAUUGCACACAAUCACUAUAAAGAAUAUAGAAAUGACAUUCGUCAGAUUUACAAUAAGGUGGACAAAGCGCUGAAAGGGCAGUACAGAUUAAAUUGGCUUCCGGAGAAUACGUUCGCAUGGUACGAAGAAGAAAUUUGGUGCCUCGAAAAGGGUAAAAAGGCGGAACGUGUACUUCCCCGUCUUCACGACGGGCUUCAAAGGUUCGCGGUUACUUUUCUAAAUUUACGAAAGUUCGAAUUGAAAUCGGAAAUAGAUGCCGAUCUUAGGAUAAACAAACGAAACGAGAUCAUGGAUACAAUGCUAACCGAAAUACUUCGAAUACUUUGCGAAGUAGAAACAAUGAUGACCAAUUUAGGAUUGGAAAUUCCAACCUCGCACAAAGCAGUCAUAGUUACGGAAAAUCAUGACUGGUCUAAGGAAGGUGAUCUAACUUUAUUGCUCAUUCAAGAUUGGGGUAUAUUAAGAUUGUUCAAAGAUUUUUUGAGCGAUUGGAAAAGUGCAUUUCGUAAUGCAACAAUGAGAGGACCAGGUACCUGUAUAACUACAGCACCAAAACCACCUAUGCUAAGACCGAAAAAAAUCGAUGAUUAUGCGAAAAAGAAGAACAAGAAGAAUCCCUGUCCUAAAAAGAAGAAAAUCAAGAAGAUUAAGAAAGACAAGGUCAACAAAAAAUUAACGGAUGGUUUACGUCUUAAUUUCAAUCAAACUGAACCUUUGUUACGAGGUACAAGACUAUGCCCAAGGAAAAGACUGACGAGGAAGAAACAAUUUACUUUGCAAAUUACUACAACGACGCAAUCAGCGACGACUAUUACAAAUUUCGAAUGAUUUUUUUUACACCAUUAGAUUUUAUUAUCUUUUUUUUUUACA